AUGUCAUCAGUAACCCCCACAAAACGCGAAAAGAAAUCCAAAAAACAUAGCAAAGAAGAGAAAGGCCUUAAACGCAAACGCCACGCGGAAUCCUCACAGCCUUCUCUGUCCCCGGAAAUAUCCAAGAAACCUCGAACUACCAUUGCCUCUACAAAAAAACAAGCUCAAGCUCAAAAUGGCGAACCAAAAACCCCCUUCCACCUCAUGAAAACUUCAUUAUAUCUUUCUGUGUCCCCUCGAUACUCCUUCUGGCCCGAAGAGACGUUUGGCCAUCUCAUCUCAAACCCGGAUCCAUCCCUCCGCCCGACCUCCGAGCAGGCUGCACGGAUGCUCUCUUUCACUCCAAUCAACGGCCUCCGGAAAGAUCACCUUGAUCCACUUCUAAUGAGCUAUUACGAGCCUCUUGAUGGUGUUGUAAUUGCAUACGACAAUAUCCGCUUCGAGUCUGACAAAGCCCGCAUUGCAGCAGAGUCCCCGUUUGCGCACGUCUGGAUCACUGUUGACUUCCUUGUAUGGAAACCCAAAAAGGGCGAUGUCUUGCAAGGGUGGGUCAACCUGCAGAGCGCAUCACAUGUGGGAUUAUUAGUGGAGAAUACGUGGAAUGUCAGUAUCCCUAAGGAAAAGAUUCCGGAGAGCUGGAGUUAUCAUGAGGUUAGAGAGGGGUUCACUCCAAAGAAAUCAGAAGCCCCAGUUCCGAACGAGGUGGGAGAGCUUGAGGAGGGGAUGGAGGGGAUGGAGGGCGUGGAAUAUGGGAAUGCCGAGAUAGAUGCUGGUGGAUGGAUGGAUGCAAACGGUGAAUAUGUGGAUGGGCUCCUCAAAUUUCAGGUAGAGUCUGUCCAAGCAAUUGGGCAUAUAUUCUCAAUGGAGGGGAGUUUGCUCAACACCGAGGUUAUUGAGAGGGUAGUGUUUUCGGGCGGAAUUGGAGAUAAAAAAGAGAAGAAGAGGAAAGAUAAAAAGCACAAAAAGUCUAAAUCUUUAGCGAUAGAAUAA